AUGGGAGCACAGGGGAAGAAUCACGUGACCAAGCCUGGUCCUAACAGAAUGAAGAAUCCAGAAAAUAAACGAUCAUUGAACUGGUCAAGGCGUUACAAUAUCAUUGGAGGUAUAGCAAAAGGACUUCUUUAUCUGCAUGAGGAUUCUCGUCUAAGAAUUGUUCAUCGCGAUCUCAAAGCAAGCAAUAUAUUAUUGGAUGGAAAUAUGAGCCCAAAGAUCGCAGAUUUUGGCAUGGCAAAGAUUUGUGGAGUUGAUCAAUCUGAAGGAAACACAAAUAGAAUUGCUGGGACAGUUGGUUACAUGGCUCCUGAAUAUAUGAGACGGGGCCAGUUUUCGACAAAGUCAGAUGUAUUCAGUUUUGGGGUCGUUAUUUUAGAAAUUGUUACAGGCAAGAAGAAUAGUAGUUUCCAAAAAUCUGAAGAUUCUGAAGACCUCGUAAGCUAUGUUUGGGAGCAUUGGAGACGUGGCGAACCUUUAGCUCUUCUGGAUUCAAGUAUUGGAGAUUCUUUUGCCAAAAAUGAAGUCAUUCAAUGUGUCCAAUUAGGCUUACUAUGUGUUGAAGAAUGUGUCAGUAAAAGGCCUACAAUGGUUUCCGUGGUCAAUAUGCUCAAUAGUAGCUCUGUUACCCUACCAACUCCACAUCGUCCAGCAGUUUUCCAGAGCCAUGGAUCGGAAAGCAUUGUGGAAGAGCUGGAAGUUGAGCAAUCUAAUACCGAAAGAAUUUCAAUUCCAAGCUCUGUAAAUGAGGCAUCAAUUACUGAACCAUACCCCAGAUAGGGGAAGAAAUAGGCCAAUUCUGGUUGGGAAUAUUGAGUGCAUCACCAGCACCACAUUGUAGUGUUUGUUGCAUGAUUCGUUUACCAGGAAGGUAUCUUUCUUCACUAGUGUUGUAAAUUAGCUUCUUCACACUUGAGGAUUUAAGGAAGUGCUUGAAAGAAAAAUGCAAG